AGCCCUUAUGCCCGACCUGCUGUCCUAGCGUCACAUGCAGGUCCUUGCAGGCACCAAUCUGUGUUUUGUGUAAUAUGUCUGCAGUCUUUGACCAUCUCUCACACCAUGUUGGCAGUCUCUUACCAUCUUCAACACCCAUAUCUGUAGUUUCUGGUCAUCUCUUGUAUCAUGUCUGCAGUCUCUGACAGUCACCUGCAGCAUGUCCAGUCUCUGACCAUCUUUUGUAUCAUGUCUGCGGUUUAUGACCAUCUCUUGUAUCAUGUCCACAGUCUCUGAC